AUCAAAGAUUCUCAUAUUCAAGGGAGAACAUUCCAUUCACAAGCAAUUGGAUGAGAGUCUUAUUUGCCCUUGGCAACUGAAGAUGAUGUUACUAUGGAAACAACUUGUGCUGCUAUCAAUCAUUGGUUGCCUUGCAGGUAAGACGUUUUACUACACAUUUUAUUCUGGAAGAGGUAUUUACUAUUAUAAUUCUACAAGCUCCUAUAUGAUUUUUAAUUCUAAGGAUGAUUUAUGUUUACGUUAACAUUGUUACUUGCACAAUGUUAGUAGGCCUAAUUGCUCUCUUUGUUACAAACAAGAAACUGCCCAGCAAACCAAAAUUGGUUCUGUGAAAGUUCCCAUAACAUUCGUUAGGGUAGGUCGCUGCAAAUGUUCUCAUAACACAAAAACUGUCCAGUUGUGGUGAUGAUUGUAGAAUGUUUGUAUACAAAUCAAAUCAAAUUACAUUGUAUUUGUCACAUGCACCGUGAAAUGCUUACUUACAAGGCCUUAAUCAACAAUGCAGUUCAAGAAAUAGAGUUAAGAAAAUAUUUGUCAAUAGUCCGGGUGGCCAUUUGAUUAAUUUGAUUAAUUGUUUGGCUUGGGGGUAGAAGCUGUUAAGGAGCCUUUUGGACCUAUAAAACAUUCAGCUGAUGUUGCAAGAACGUUACUAAAACAGAUUUAAUCUGUUCUUUAAAGUUUCCCAGAAUGUUUAAUUAGUUUGGGGGUAAAGUCUGUUGAGAACAAUGUAGGGACAUCACAAAAUAUAUGUUCCCAAAACACAAAAACUGUCUAAUUGCAUGGAGGAUUGUUCAAUGUUUUUUUUUAGGGUGCAAAAACGUUCAACUGAUGUUACAAGAAUGUUCCCAGAAAACAUUUUGUCUGUUCUUUAAAGGUUCCCAGAAUGUUUCAUUAGGUUGUGGGAACUGUCUGGUGGGAACAUUGUGGGGACAUCACAAAAGAUCUGUUCCCAAAACACAAAAACUGUCCAGUUGCGUGGGUGAUUAUACAAUGUUUAACAGGUGGGUCUAAUCCUGAAUGCUGAUUGGUUAAAACCGCAUUCCAGCCGGUGUCUAUUCCACAAGUUACCACCAGGUAAAUCUAUGAUGUUAAAAUGCCUAUUUACUCUGUUCCAUUUGACUGUGCAAUCCACUGUCUCAUCAGCCCAGCCAGGCACUUUAUAAACUUGAUCUCCACUAUAAAAAGCAUCUAGACAUUAUCUCACAUUUCUUUUAGACUAACAUUUAGUUUUCAACAGCGGAGAUUUUUAUAAACCUUGCAGUCUGUCUCUCCGACAUUUGCAACAUUGUUUCAAUAUUCAAAUUUGAUCUCCUGCUGUCCCAUUGUAAUGAACGUGUCGGGAGUCGGGACGAGACAGACAGGCAGGCAGCGUUUCUCAGCCAGUCGAAGUCAUGAAUCAGCUGGAAUCAUUUUUAUGGAUAUAUACAAAGAAAUGUCAAUUGAAAAAAGGUCAAACGAAACGAAGUGCAGCUAGUUUGCAGUAUUUCCAGCUUCAGUUUGAAAAGAUUGUGUUAGAUGUGUUGUUGGCUAGCUCCUCUGAACAACAGUGUCCUGACGAGAGCACAUUUUCUAUGCCAGGCGAAAUCGCGCCUCAUUUGCUCAUUGUUAUGGAUGUGUCCAAAUAAAUGUCACUAGAAAACAGCUUAAACAAAUGCAAAUGCCACUACUGUUGUUAUUCUGGCUGCACUGUUUGACGUGACUGUAAGUUAGCCGUAGUUGGCUAGGUAGCAAGCAAGCAAGGGAUAAGAACGUUGCCAGCCAAUAUGGCAAUGGAACAUUUAGAACGAACGACUGGGUCGUGUCCAUAGAUACAGAACAAAAAGACUGAAAGAGUGGGUCGCGUCUCUGGCAACCGAACCAAUAGAAUGAACGACCAGCCUGCUUGGGUAGCAACCCUAGACUUGUGUCGGGACUUAACGUUUUUAAUGAAAAUAUGUCAAUCAUUAUUUGAAUAUGUUGGUAACCCAUUGUAUAAAAGUGAUCAUGCCCUCGAAGCCGGAGUUUAGAAUAUAUUGACAUGGUUACCGGCCCUCCACUUCAUCGCGGGUCUAACAACACCCGUGCCAAUAUAUCGUCCAAACACCGGCUUCUCGGGCAUUAUCACUUAAUUAUUUUAGGGUGCAAAACAUUUACCUGAUAGUACAAGAAUGUGGUAACAUUGUGGGGACAUGACAAGAGAUUUUUUCCCAAAACACAAAAACUGUCGGGUUGUGCUGACAUUCACAUAAUGUUAUUUCGGGGUGCAGAAAACAUUACUUUGAUGUUGCAAGAAUGUUGACAGAACAGCCUUCCUGAGUUCUUUAAAGGUUCCCAGAACAUGUAAUUAGGUUGUGUAUGGAAAGUGUGGGUACAUUACAAGAGAUAGGUUUCCAAAACACAAAAUAUGCUCAGUUGUGAUGACAUUCAUACAAUGUUUAAGUUAGGUUGUACAGGACAUUCCCUUAAUUUUGUAAGAAUUUAAUAAGUCAGUUUUUAUGACGUUCAUAACAUAUUUGUUUUAGGUUUAACAUAAUAUUCCAUUGAUGUUCACGCAAUAUACAUUUGACCUUGUCUUGGAGGUCCUCAGAACAUUACAAGAACACUUCGAAAAUGUUAUAUUUAAGUUUUACCUGAUAUUACCACAACAUUCUCAGCAUGCAAAUUAAAGCAUAAGAAAGCAGAUUGGAAUACAUCCCAAUUAUGUUUCUCUACAGAUGUAAUGGUAAUUCGCUUUUGAAGACCAAAUUGUAGAUGAUAGAGACACAUGGCAUUUUAAUUUCAUUCAUAGGACAUUUGAACAGCAUUUAAUCACAACCAUAUUUUUUACACUUCAUAUGUUGACAAUAUAUAGCCAUGGCAGUAUGGUCACACAGGAGUUCCAUGCUGUCUUUUUAGCCUUCUUAGACAUAACUAACCCAGGGAAAUACUGGUAACUGGGUUAUUCACCAUCAAUUCACCCAUGCUCUUUAUAUGCUGCGUACCCCUGGGCCCAUAUUUAGACUAUGAGUGCUGAUCUAGGAUCACUUUUGCUUGUCAGAUCAUGAGAAAUAAGCCAGGGGGAACCAUAUCAAGCAUUUCAAAGUAGGAAUUAUAUCGGGUGCGUUUAAAAAAAGUUGAACAGUCAAUUUCUACUAAAUUCUGCAUUUCUCACUGGAUUUAUAAAUCUGGACGAAAUAAAGACAUCCUCUCUUUUAGUAGACUAUAUCUGAGCCUCAAUUUCACAUUUUCUUUCAAAAGAAACAUGGUUAAAGAAUAUCUUGGAUUGAACCUGCAAUCUUCAGAUCUGCAGCCAAAUCAUUAACCCACUGCACCACCAGGUGAUAACUGUGGCCUGUCAAAUAUGGCCAAUAAGGACACAGAACACAAUUUGAGUUAUUAAAAUGUUCUUGUAACAUCAGGUGAAUGUUUUAUGCACUCUAAAAGAAACGUUAUAGAAUCAUGGACAGUUUUUUGUUUUAUGGGAGCAUAUAUUUUGUGAUGUCCCCACAGCGAUCUCACCAAACUGCUCACCACAACCUAAUGAAACAUUCUGGGAACCUUUAAAGAACAGAUUAAAUGUGUUAUAGGAACGUUCUUGCAACAUCAGACAAAUGUUUUAUACAUGUUAUGAGAACAUUUGACGUGACCUAACGAAUGUUCCGGGAACUUUCACAGAACCAUUUUUGGUUUGCUGGGAAAACGUUACUGGUACAUUGUGUUAUUACAUUACCUGGAAACCUAAUGAGAACUUUUGGGGAAUGUUCUGUGGUGGUUGUUGCAGAUGAUCUGCAAAACAUUUCACUGAAUGUUAGGAGAACAUUCCAAGGAUAUUUAAUAAAUAAAUAAAUAUAUUAAUUGAAAGAUUUAGUUAUGAAAAACAUUAUCUGGAUGUUUUUGGGAUGUUAUCAUCCUAAUGUUAGAUAAAACCCUAACUAGAACUUAAUGGGAAUCUUAGCUAAUGUUCUGGGAAUGUUCCCGGUUUGCUGGGUGGUAUACCUUUUUGGCAACGGUACUGCAAUACCUCUCAAUAGAGCACUAGUUUGAAGUCGACAGUAUGACACUGAUGUGUGUGCCCUAUGUUGUCUCUUUGGUCUCAUAUGGAAAUGUAGGAGAUCUCAUGCUUACAGGGUCGCCUACAUAAUUUUAAAGUGCUUUGGGCAUUCUCUAGAUUGUGCUUGACGCUAUGAACUGAAAUGAACCAUACUGUGCACUGACUACACAAUUCUACAGAAUCUGUAUUGCAUUACAUUGCAUUAGCCUAGAUCUAAUCUUCUCUUUUGCUGUUGAUAAGAAACUGAUAGAGACACCUACACAGUAUUUGCAACCAACCAUAUUAUAUUUCAUAGUGACAAGGUUAAAUUGAUUAAAAUUGAGUUUUUCAUAUACGGUAGGCUACUUCCCCUGUUGCCCUUCAGCCAUCCCUCGAGCAGCCUACUGCAUUUGCGCCUCCAGGGACAUCUGCAAUUCCAUUCCUAUUCCUGUGUUUGACAUGUCAGAGAUCAUUAUCAGGAUCCUUGGGAUAAAACUGCGCCUGCAUUUUAGCACAAACCUCUUGCCACACUGGCUCGUUAUGCCCUUGUGGUCACCUGGGAUUGGGACAGAAAUGCAUGCUCUCUCUCUCUCUCUCUCUCUCUCUCUCUCUCUCUCUCUCUCUCUCUCUCUCUCUCUCUCUCUCUCUCUCUCUCUCUCUCUCUCUCCACUGAAAGACAACCACAGCAAAGCGGACUUUGAAUUUACAUAUAGUAUACAGAAUGUGUAGGCUUUAAGGGGCUCAACAAUCAACACAUAAGUAUUCAAAACAGUUUUGAACAGUCCGUGGAGGUUUAGUGUAUGUGUUAGUGCUAUGUUACUGUUGAGGAAUUUGUUUGUACAAUAUUUUAUGUAGAAAUGCAUGUUGCAGUUUUUUGCAAUCAAAUGACAGUUGAUUAGACAUUGAUUUACUUAUUUUGUUGUUAGUUGCAAGUAGGGAUCAAACCUGGGAGCUUUGGAGUGUUAUCCCUGGAAUUAAUCCACUGUGCCACUGGGAUGGGACUAACACUAAUAUACAAAAGAGAGGAUAACUAAAUCUAGAAAAAUACAUUUCCUCUAUUAUUUCUUAAUCUACCAAUCCUUUUUAUAUACUGUAAAAUUGGGAUGUUUUUACCUUUAUUUUCACUAUGAACCUGAUUUCAGAAGUCAUGUAAAAUUAUUGCCUGACAGAUUGUGGUGAGGUGUACGUACAUAGAUUUGCAUACAGUAUGUACAAAGACAUGAAGCCAUAGUUUGAAUCAUAGUUUAAGGACUUAAGUGCAAAGGGAAUCCUUUGGCAGAUCACAGGUUCAGAUUUACUUGAUGACCUUUCUUUAAAAAAGCUAUAACUAUGUUUGAACAAUACCAUAAUAAAAUAUCAUGAUUGACAUUUGUUUAAAAGUUUGGCAUCUUUGUAUAAUACUGCACAUUAAUAUUAGCGGAACAUUGCAGCAAUGUUUUCAGAACUACUUCCAUUAUUGUUAAAGUAUGUUUUUAGAACAUUAUUGGAACAUCAUGUCAUAACAUUACAAAAUAACUUUAUAACUUUAUAUGUUUGUUGUUUGUUAUUAUGCACUAUCUAUACAAAAGUAUGUGGACACCCCUUGAAAUUAGUGGAUUCGGCUAUUCCAGCCACACCCGUUGCUGACAGGUGUAUAAAAUCGAGCACACAGACAUGCAAUCUUCAUAGACAAACAUUGGCAGUAGAAUGUCCUUACUGAAGACCUCAGUGACUUUCAAUGUAGGAUGCCACCUUUCCAACAAGUCAGUUCGUCAAAUUUCAGCCCUGCUAGUAAUGCCCCGGUCAACUGUAAGUGCUUUUAUUGUGAAGUGGAAAUGUCUAGGAGCAACAACAGCUCAGCCGUGAAGUUGUAGGCUACACAAGCUCACAGAAUGGGACCGGCGAGUGCUGAAGCGUGUAGCGCGUAAAAAUUGUCUGUCCUUGGUUGCAACACUCACUACCGAGUUCCAAACUCCCUCUGGAAGCAACGUCAGCAAAAUAACUGUUAGUCGGGAGCUUCAUGAAAUGGGUUUCCAUGGCCGAGCAGCCGCACACAAACCUAAGAUCACCAUGCGAAAUGCCAAGCGUUGGCUGGAGUGGUGUAAAGCUCGCCGCAAUUGGACUCUGGGGCAUUGGAAAUGUGUUCUCUGGAGUGAUGAUUCACGCUUCACCAUCUGGCAGUCCAACGGACGAAUCUAGGUUUGGUGGAUGCCAGGAGAACUCUACCUGUCCGAAUGCAUAGUGCCAACUGUAAAGUUUGGUGGAGGAAGAAUAAUGGUCUGGGGCAGUUUUUCAUCGUUCGGGCUAGGCCCCUUAGUUCCAGUGAAGGGAAAUCUUAACGCUACAGCAUACAAUAACAAUAUAGACGAUUCUGUGCUUCCAACUUUCCUGUUUCAACAUGACAAUGCCCCCGUGCCCAAAGAGAGGUCCAUUCAGAAAUGGUUUAUCGAGAUCGGUGUAGAAGAACUUGACUGGCCUGCAACAGGGCCCUGACCUCAACCCCAUCGAACACCUUUGGGAUGAAUUGGAACGCCGACUGAGAGCCAAGCCUAAUCGCCCAGCAUCAGUGCCCGACCUCACUACUGCUCUUGUGGCUGAAUGGAAGCAAGUCACCGCAGCAAUGUUCUAACAUCUAGUGGAAAGCCUUUCCAGAAGAGUGGCCAGAAGAGUGGAGACUGUUAUAGCAGCAAAGGGUGGACCAACUCCAUAUUAAUGCCCAUGAUUUUGGAAUGAGAUGGUCGACGAGCAUCUUUUGGUCAUGUAGUGUAGGUAUUAGUGUAUUGAUAUCUCCAUCAACAUUAGCUGAAUAUUCUAAGAAUUGUUCUCAAAACAACUUCUAUUGCUCCAACAUUUUAUUGCUCAAGUAUGUUCAGGGAACGUUAUUGGAACAAUCAUUGAACAUAGCUGAAUAAAAUAGAAAGGAUAUUUUCUCCAAACGAUUUCUGAGUGAGUGCACACAUGAGGCUAUUCUGUGUUGAGCGGUUAACAAAGAAACAGGUCCUCCUAUAUGCUUAAUUUAGUUAUUUUGGCAACCUUUGUUGUGAUACAAACAUUGGGCUAUAAGUUAGAUUUUUAAUAAAUUCUAAGGCUGCAUGAUGUGACUCUAAUGAUGAUUUGAAAAAAGUUGCAUGAAAGGCAUGAGCUCUGCUUUGUUUCUUGCUCAGGCUGCACACACUUCAUCAGUCUCUAAUUCACAAUUUGACAAGCACUUGAUAAUAUUCUCACCGGGCCUUGAAUUUCUCGAUGGUAUCCCCCUUGUGUGGCCGUAAUGGCCCCUAAAAUGGCCAGUAUGAAAAAUGUAUGCACUCAUUAGCUGUAUGUCGCUCUGGAUAAGAGCGUCUGCUAAAUGACUAAAAUGUAAAUGUAAAUAACAUCACACUAUAACUAUAUGAGAGUUAUGCGGACAUGUUCCCUGCAUGUUGUUUUGAAUGCUUUGGAUGAUGUCGCCAUGAACAUUAGCAGAACGUUCCUGUAAUGUUUUAGCAACUGUUGUCGAGUCCGACACCUCUGACAAGCUCACGUUUAAAUCGCAUGAAGGCCAAUGAAGGCUAUGGCAAAAACUGAGAGUUUUCUUUAAAAAAGUUAUGUUUAAAUGGCUGAAUAGUUGAACAAUGCACCAGGUGUAAUUGCUACUGUGAUUCCUGAGAUGCAUAGCCUGUUGAUGGAGUAUUUUUUUUAUUCCGAAAUUAUACUUUUGUUACAUUGUUUGCCAGCUCAGCUGGUUAGCUAGCUCUCAGUCUCUGACCACCAAAUGUUGCUAACGCAAGCUAACUAGCUAGCCACUUAAUAUAGCUUGUUUUCUCAAAAUGUAUGUUAGCUAGCAAAGUUAAGAAUGUUAUGAAACUCCCAUCUGCUGUCGACAUCAGGAUACGAUUUGAGUGCAAUAGUUAGGUCCAAAAGUGGUUAUAGCUUUGACUGCAUGCUGACAGUGAGCUCAGAGCCAUUCAGUGGCUAGCUACACUACAAACAUCAUUUUACCAGGUUCACAUUAAGCAAUUGUAAUGACAGUCCACCACAACAUACCCAAGUGUUUAAUUUCAUUGUUUGUUCAAAAACAGUUUCUAGGGUCUCAUAAGAAAGAAACACAGUUUAAGAUCAUUGUGAGGGGAUUUCGCCAAUGGUUGAAUGGGGAAUUGGGCUUCCUGAAAAUGUUUUGUCCAAGGUUGCAACAGUAACCAAGGGGGGCGGGACAUAGCGAAGGGUCAAUUGCUCCCACAUUUUGUUGCGGCAGUAUGUUCUAAGAACAUUACUGGAACAUUGUGUUAUUACAUUAACCUUAGGGGAAUGUUCUGUGGUAGUUUUUACAGAUGUUUUGAACAAUAUUUUAGUGAAUGUUAGCAGAACAUUCCAAUGAUAUUUCAUUUCAAACAUUUUUUGGGAAAAAAUAUUUGGUGAUCAAAAACAUUGUUUGAAUAUUUUUGGGACGUUAUCAUCCUAAUUUUAGCUCAAACCCUAAUUAGAACUUAAUGGGCAUAUCUUAGCUAAUGUCCUGGGAAUGUUCCUGGUUUGCUGGGUAGUUGGUUAUCAUAAAUUGCCCUGCUACCAGAUGGUUAUCAUAAAUUGCCCUGCUACCAGAUGGAUUCACACAGGUGCAUUCAUGUGACUAACGUUUCAACGUCACCAUGCUUUUUGCAGUGCUCAGAUUUGUGCCAACAUUGAAUAGUUAUGCCAACAUUGAGGUUUUUCAUGGAUAAGCUAUUAUAAUUAUUUGGGUUAGUAGCACACUAUUUAAUCAAAUAAUGGUUUCCUUAUGUCUAUUCCAAAUCAAAUAUUUUAAUGGCCCUGUCUCAAUCGUAGUUACCAUGUUGCAAUUAUAGACAUGAUUUUUUAAAUGUCAUAACUGUCACCAGUUUUUGUCACCUCUGUUGGCGAGUGCUGGCAUGUCAAGAUUCACAAGUUUUCCCCCUCUACCUGUUUGUUCAGACUCAUUUGUUACAUCCUUGUUAGAUUACUGAAAUGUCACACAUUGACGAAUGCCAAUUGUUAAAGGCCUGAGUAUUACAGCCUGUGUUGCUUAUGUUCUCCAGCUCAUGCACAAGAUUUCCUGUUCCAAGGGCCAAGAUGGAGGACGGAGCCCAGUGACCUCAUUCUACCCAUCAACUCCCCUUACCAGGAAACUACCAUUAGAUGUGAGGCAGAGGGGAACCCCUCCCCACAGUACAGGUAAAGGAUUCCAUCAAUCUACACUAUAAUUCCACAAUUCAGUGUGGAACUGCCAUUAGCUGCCAUUUAACAUGGACGUUUAACAAAAUCUUCAGUCUCUCUCAAGGCAAUCAAAUCAGGAUACUAACAGCAUUGAUUGGUAUUGAUUUGGCGGAGAGAGAUAAACAUUGGGCUGACCAUAAUAGCAGUAGAGAUACUGUAACAUCCAAGAAACAAGAUUAACCUUUUACUGCAGUUGGCUAAAUCAGGGUCAUAUAUAGCGUUUCUUGGUAGUCUUUAACAAAUCUACUUUGAAACAAAAGUUUACACCUCACACACAUGGUUAUGGGCCUAAAAAAAGAAGACACCUGUACCAUGUCAGAUAUAGAGUUGAAAUGUAUUACAUUUUGAGUUUGCUUCCCAAUAUUACACGUUAUAUACAUCACAGAAGACUGAAAUAUAACAAAACUGUUUGACAUAGAAACACCAGAUUUUCUGCGGAAAAAAUAAUAAUAUGUUUAUUUAUUAUGAAAUUAUGACAAAUAUUAAUAACAUUACACCCAUGAGGCCACUAGGUCAUUUGACUGCAGGAAAGGGCUGCGCAGACAUUUAACCAGACAGAGAAACGUAUUUAUAUGGCAUGCUCAUUCCAAAACAAAAAAAAAGCUGUAAACUAAUGUAGGCUUUGAGCUAUGAUUUAGAUUUAGACGGGAAGUCAGCCAACCAUUAACUUAUAAAUACUUCAGAGAUGUGAGUCUAGUUAUCUUUAUUACAGAUUUGAUUUAGGUUGCUCUAGGAUUGAAGCUAAUGUUUUAUAAUGUGCUGCACUGCAGGAAAUCAUUAGGAAUGUAGGGAGAUUUCAGUUACUAAUUCUACUCUAGAUUCUCUGAUAUCCCUCCGGUUAUUCCCCGGUGGUGAGGCUACCUGAAAAUGGCAGCCCGCGUUGGUUUGGUGGUAGAUUGUGUUUCAUAGCUUGGUCAGCAUCAUGUAAAUGCACAGCAAGCAGUUGAGAGAGGUAAUAACCUUGUGAGUGACAUUCUGUUAAAUGCUUACAUUUCCUCUAAUGUGUAUGUGCUUAAAACAUGGGUCUUAGAGCAGCAGCAGGGGGUAUCAUUAUACGUGUUGUGCAAUCUGAGCAAUCCAAGGAUGAGCUGAACCAUCACAACUUGCACUACUUGAAAAAGAAGUCGAGUGGACGUGUUCUCACCAUCAAACUAAACAAUUAGGAUUAUUCUUUUUUUAACUUAAGUGUACAGGGACAAGAAUAGAUCGUGGGUUAUGAUUAUGUGUGAUAAAAUGUGGUGUAGUCAUCUGUGCCACACAUUGGAAUAACCCUCAAAUGCUGUAAGUAGAAGCCUCUUAAGAUAUUUAAGCGCUGCGCAAAAGUUUCCUACAUUAGUAAAGUAACAGUGAUAUGUUUUCCCUGGAUUAAUAUUUGAUGUGUUGGAACGGAUAAAACAUUAGUCAUCAUAAGCAAUUCCAAAUAUUAUGAUUGUUUUCAUGCAGGCUAAUAACUCUUGAGUUAAGUGUGUCUAAUGAGCUAUUUCACACAAUUAAUGUUAUUUGUAAAGUCCAAUCUAAGACAAAUUAAAGACAAUCCAAGCUUUCAUUGUGAAAUGGAUAGAACCAAGUCGAUCAAUUAAAAAGUAGGACCUCAAGCACCCAUUUUACGUAAGGUAUUUGUAUUAAAACCAAAAGAAUACAGAGCACAGAUCUGAAUAGAAUCGAAGUGAAUCACUUUAUUGAAACAAACUCCCAUGGCAGGGGAUUGACGUUUAUGGGAAUACUUUUAAAGACACUGCAUCGUUUAGUCCUUGGACUCACUGCAAGUGAAGGGAUCAUUUGUGGCUUUAUUUGGGUUGCACCAGAGUGUAUGUUUGACACUGACUGUUCUUGACUUGUGUCCCCUCCGGCAAGGAGAGGACUUUUGUCUUGAUGAUUAAAAGUGAAACAGAAAUGUUUAGCAAUACAUUUCCCUAACGCAGAAAAACUCAGGACCUCACAUGCCCCCAAUGAGCUGCCCUAGCUGUCCCUCAGAGCUGCAAAGGGACAAGCUUUGAUCUCCCACAAUUCUGCAGGAAGGCAUCAACUAACCUCACUCAGUUUCUAGUGAAAUUAUACUGGAAUCACAAGUUUUCCAUUUUUUCAAGACCUUCACAUUUUCCAAUUCAUGCCAAAGUAACCAUCUCAUACCACUGAAACAAUGCUCUUUACUACUCUCUUUUUUCUUUAUCUUUCAUAACCAGUGCCACACAACUCCACACGUCACACUCCAUACCACACCGCAUGUUAAAGAUAUUAGUACGUGAUCUGUUACAGUAGGGGUAGUUGUUCUCAAUAUGGUUAUCACAAUUGAUUUUAGUCCUUAUCAGUGACCCAUAAUGAACACUACAUUGGGCAGUGUGUUAUGAACUUAUUGUAAUGUACUGUAGAACCAAGGGCAUAGUGGCCAAUGGACAACAAUCAUUUAUUUGUGAUGUUCCCUGUCCCCUAAUGUGACAUCUGGAGAUGUUGUCACCGUCUCUUACUUUAUGUAGGCAAUUUGAGUUUCUCAUUUAGUGUGGAAGCUAUCACAGCAUGGAGCCUGAGCAGAGAACUUUGCAUCUCCUGCCCUGACAAAGUCUCAGACUACUGAAAUAUUAAUUAUUCCAUUUCAAGUACAACCAUGUUCAAUGAUGAUAUUCAGUAAUAUCUGAUUCUCUGCCAACCUUCUGGGUUGAGACCAAGGGCCCUCUGUCUCCUGGUGGUCAGCAGUGUGGUUUUUAAGGGACAAUAUUAGCUGUGUGUGUGUGUGUGUGUGUGUGUCCUCAGGUAAAAACAGGUGAGAUGCGUGGCUGGAGACAGCGCUGAGCGCAGCACCAUUCCCUGCCUGUAUUUGAUGAAGAGGCCUCAUGCAACAUUGAUGUGAACCUCAAGGUCGUUCAGAGUUCAUCCACACCAUGCCAUGAGCAGCCCAUGGCCUGGAGGCUGGAACAGGCUAGGACAGCCAGAGCAAAUAAGGAAGCCGUUAGUCUUUGUUGUUUUUUAGGAACCCUACUGUCUGGUGUGUUAAAUUUCCUCUAUUCACUCCACUAAUGCUAUGGCCCCAGAUAAAUUGUGCUUUUUCAAAGUGCUGUUUUGCCUUUUUUGUGAAGCACUUCAGUUGGAGUCUUCAUCUGUGGAUGAGUUAAGACCUGAGGGGGCAAUGAAGAGGAGAUGAGACCACUACUGUUUAGAAUGCAUAAAGAUUUCCAUGGUGUUGGACUGCUCAUUUAGUUCCUCAUUAGUCCUGUGCUGGCAACAGGUUUGAGGGCACAGACUGCUAUACAGGUCAGAGCAUGCAGUUUGCAACAAUCAUAUACUCUCACAGUAAAAUAUAAUUGGCGCCAGCUGUCUUAUUUGAUGUUUUUGCCACCAUAUUUGAGGUUUUGUUCACUACCUCACAGCUGGUAAGAACCAUUUUACUGACUGUUAGAGAGAUGGAUACACAUCACUGCAUAUGACGAUGAUGGUGAUGAUGAUGAUGGUGAUGACUCAAAUACAAUACGACUAUGCUCCCAUGGAUAAUUAUAGUUUGCAUAGUCGAUAGUAAAGGAUAGUUAUGUCCGCAUGGGCUUUAAUUGGUGGCGUGAUCAUUUAUUAUGAGGACAAUGUGGAAUAUCAGUUACAUUGGUUCAGGCUGAAUAACUCCACAUCUGCUUAUGGGUGAAAUGACACUAGCAGCAGCACUGUGGUCUACCGUCGUUGUUUAUUCCUACUCUCAUGGAAUGGGUGCUGUGUAUGUGAUGGUAGUUUGAUGCUCUAUCACCUAGCCUUCAUCCUCAGGGGGGUUUCAUACCAGGCCUUUUCUGGUGGCUACUUAGUGUUGGUAGGUGCGGGGUGUCUCUGACAGCUUGUCCCACUGUUCAAAUGGAGCGAAGGCUUGCUGUUUGAGGUGUUGCUGCUGCCUCUGCUGCUAGAUGGUAUGGCUGGCUGUGUCGUGCGUAGACACCUUCACACCCAGCCGAGGCAGAGCCCAGCCAUCUGCUCCAGGGGUGUCUGAUCUGCUCAGCCUGCCUACCGUCCUCUCCCAUUAAGUUCAGAUAUGCUGGGGUGGCUGCGAAUAGCCACCCAACCCCCUCUCUCCCGCUCUCCAUUAUUAUAUUACACAUGUCAGAUCCUCCAGCUAGGCUGUACACGCAGUGUCACCUCUGCUGAAAAAAAUCCUAGGGGAAACACUGGUAUACAUACGAUAACAUGAUGGAUCAUAUCAGCUGAGCCAUUGGGAACAUGCAUAAACAAGAUGCUCUUUUAAAGGCAGUUGAGAUUGAAUAUGGCAUCAAACUCCCUUGUUUGAAAUGUUUGUAUUUGUGUGCCCAGGAAACAUAGGUUUCAUCACAUAACUUCAAACAUAAAAAAAAAAAAAAAAUUGGUAUCUGGAAUGGUGACAAAAUAAGUUUGAUUAAGUGAAAGCCGCACUGAGAUAGAUGAAUAAUGCAGGCAACAACAGGAAAGACAGCUAUAUCUUUUGUAGUCUGUCAGACGGGAGUCUGGGGAAAGUUAUGGCUGGUUUUAAGGCUGUGUGAAGCACAAUUUUUUCUGCUCGUUAGUUUGCUGAAAGUUUUUUUCCCUCAUCAUUGAAUUGUCAUUUCACAGUCCUGAAUUGCGUUGCUCAAGCUAGCUGGCUCAAAGUCUCAUCCUAAUCAUGCAUAAUUUCUUGCAUUCUGAUGAGGAAAAUAAUCCAUACUUAUCAUGCCUCUCAGCUUUGUUAACUUUGGAAAAACUAAAAUAAUUUCCCCAUUUUGUAAAUUGUUUUUUGCAACAAAUCAUUAGAACAGUAAGUAGUCCAAAACAUUUGUAUGUUGUGCAUUCUUUGACCUCAUGCUAUCUGGGAAUUUAACUUAGCUGGUGAUUGAUGUUUUUAAAGAAGUUAGAAAUAGGAUUUAUUAUGCUCAACCUAUAACUUCACAUACAAAGUAUUUUAGAUCAGUAAUAUGAAAUAGAUGUGAUAUUUUUUUACAUAAUACAAUUAUGUACAAUGUAAACAAAUAGACCACACAGUCUUUCAAAUGCCAAGGCAACUAGCUAACCCAAUACACAAUGAAAAGUUUAAUGCUCAAAAUAUCAGCAACUACAGCGUUAUUUUAUCCGAUAUCUUCAUUUGAUUCAAUCGUCUUUAUCAAAUCGAUCCAUGUGAUAAAUGUUUGUGAGCGUGUGUCUCCAGAGGCCUGGCUGCUGAUUGUGUUUACGUCUUUCCAGAUGGUCGCUAAACGGAACACUCAUUGAUCUGGGGAGUGACUACCGGCGUCACAUGUCUGGGGGCAACCUGAUCAUUAACAGUCUGGACAGGGAUGAAGACACAGGGAUAUACCAGUGCACUGCCUUCAACACAUGGGGGACUAUCCUCAGCCGCAGAGCCACUUUACAAUUUGCAUGUAAGUGAUCGGGCUAUCCCUAGCACGUUAUGGGGGAGGGGUGUAUGUAUGUGUGUGUCUGUGUGUUUGUGCUCCUGCAUGCUUGCAAUUGUGCAUGCAUGUUUGUGUAAGUGUGUGCACUUGUGUUGUGUGUCUGUGAGUGUGUUUCUGUGGCCUCUGUGUCUUUAGCAUUCCGAUUUCUUGUUCGGUAUGCUUCAAAUAGAUUUUUUAAAGGGAAAUGGUAAUCGAAUGAAAUGUCAGAUGCAACAACCACAGUGGGUGAGGCAGCUUCUGACUGCCUCUGAACUCCAUUGAUUCUCAUUAGUCUCUGUGUUUCCAGCUUUGACAGCGUCUGUGCAACCUCGGUAUUGACUGAUAGUUUGCCAAUCUAUGCAAGCCUCUGCGAUCUGGACUGAACCUACACAAAUAAAGCUUAAACUUUGCAAACCAGACACAAUCAUUUUUUACUGUGUAAUUUGUGUCGCUGCAGAUAGAUUAGACUUGGUUGAACAGCCUGUCUGGUAUUUUAGAGAGGGGUAUGUGAAUAUCACAGGAGGUUGGUGGCACCUUAAUUGGGGAGGAUGGGCUCGUGGUAAUGGCUGGAGCGGAAUAGGUGGAAUGGUAUCAAAUACAUCAAACACAUGGUUAGAUGCCGUUCCAUUCGCUCCGUUCCAGCCGUUAUUAUGAGCCGUCCUUCCCACAGCAGCCUCCACUGGUAAAUAUAAAGCUUUAGUGUGGGUCUCUACCAUAUAGAGAGCAGACCGAUAGACAGUGUAGAGAGACACCUUUCCCCUCUCACUGAUCAUGCCGUCUCACUAUCGAUCACGUCCCAGGGAUAGAUAGCCUUGCCUUCCUCUUAAGAGAUGGACUGCCAUUACCCUUAUGGGCUGGAUAAUGAAUCUCACUUGUGGGGCCUGGGUGAGGAGGGAACUGCUUGACAUGUAUUGUCUAUUUGAAUGCACAGAGGAGGUCUUGGAGAUAGAUGGGGAUUGCCGCAUACGCUGCUAUGUUUUCCACGUAAUGACGACUCUUCCAUAGACAAGGAUGGCUUACCUCACCCAUUUCCUGUCUACACAAUUCUACUCAUUUCAAUUGUUUUUUUUUGUGAUGUGUUAUGGCCAUCAAUUUCGUCCUACUUUACAUUGAAUUUCUGAACAACUGUAACACAAGUGUAGUACAAAUGUACAAACACUGGUAUAAUACACACCAGGGAGAGAGAAUGAAAUAAAUUCAAAAUGACAUUCCCUCUGUACUUGUGACUUGAGUUGCUAUUCAUUUGUGGUAAAAAAUAGAAUGAAGAGCUUGCAAGGUGUUAGAGAGGAUACCUUUAUAUGUUUUUCCUGGUUCCCUCCCGACACAUUCUUAUUGCCUCUCAGAGUUGGAGUCUGUGUAGAGGAGACAUAUUACACAGAAAGCCCUCGUUCUGCUAUAGACAGGACAGAGCCAGCUUAUAGAGUGCUGUGUUUUAGCAGUCCCUACUGUCUCUCCGUUACACUGAGCCUUUCUGUGUGAGGGAGAGAGGAGUAGAGGAAGGCCUCGCUCCCUACCGUAACUGAUUCCCACCUCCCACUGUUACAAAAGGGAUAUUAUCAUAAUAAUCAGCUGCUGUUUGGAUCUGCUUUCCAACCAGCAUGCACCACCUUUCCCUCAUCUAGAUAGCCUAGCCUAACUCCUCCAGUGCUUUAGAAUCAGCACCAUGGUUGCGAGUUCUAGCUAGUUCUCUAUGGCUCUAUUAGAAGAUGGUGACACAAUGUGUGGCCUGGAAAGAAUCCUGCUAUGACUUGGCUGUGUUGGAUUUCACCACGGUCAUCGGAGACUGGCUCAUUAAUCUUCCAUUCGCUCUCCCACUCCCCUCUGUAAUCCUCCUCUUUUCCCAAUUUCGUUUAUCGGUCACAUUGACUUUAUUUUGUUUGUGUUCGGGGCCUGACUGUAGGGCUGCCCGCCCGAGGGUGCAGAAUCAGUAGGGACAGGGGUACAGUAGUUCACCCAUCACUCACUAAAAUAGAGGAACAUUUCAUCACCCAGGUACAAGCUCAGUCAGGCAGCUUUUCCUCUUUCAUUUGCAGGGAUGAAUUGCGCCCAGAGUAUUGAUAGGGAAGCUAGUGCUUUUAAGGGUGAGAUUACACUGCAUUUAAUAAUGAUGUUGGUUAUUGCUCUUGGCACUGAAUCCUGUUAUUCGUCAUGUGCUCCGUGUUUGUGCAGUCCCUCCAACUUCCUCCCCCUUUUUAUCCCUUUGCAAUUUAAUCUCCUGCUGCUAUCAUAACAACUGUGUGUUGUGAAGUAUCCAUCACAUACCAUACCAUAAGUCCAACAAUAAUAUUUAAUGUUACAGUUGCCUUUCUAAGUAUUGGAAAGCAUUGGGUGUGUUCUAAAGCAAUCCAUUACUGUACCUGUAAAUGGUUUUCAUACAGUACAUGGAUUUUAGGGAUUUAAAGAAACCAAUAUAACUGAUGCAUGUGUUGAUGAAACCUUAACCAAACUGGGAAAGACAUUAGCUGAUACUGAUUGAGUUAUCAGCUGCAUUUAGACAUACAGUAAUUCUAAGGUUAGUGUUUUAUGUCAAAUGUGCUUUAUAUUUACCCAACAUGUCUUCUGUAAUAACAGUAAAGCUUACCCUUGAUUUUUGUGUUGAUAAGACCUAGAUAACUUCAAGACCCAAACGACACGGAGUGCUGUCAGUGUCCGAGAGGGCCAAGGAGUGGUUUUGUUAUGUGGACCACCCAUGCAUUCUGGAGGUAGGUUUUUUCCUUAUUGGAGAUAUUUAUGAAUACCUGAUAAGAUUCCACUCCUCUGUAUCCCAUUAAAAUAUUUGAUGCAGUAUAUGAGUGAAUAUACUGGUGCUAUUUGGUGUGCUGAUAUUCCUAACCUAAUCAGUUCUUUCAUAAAACCUUAUUUGUUAGAGCCUCAAAGCAUGCAUUCUUGCUAGCAGCCUCAAAUGAAACGUAUUUCACACAGAUGUUUGCAGAAUAAAGCUAUGCUUAGCUUGCCUUUAUUUAUUUUUCAUUCUGAACUCUAUUGCCAAAUCUGGUGGCAAAUGAAAAAAUAUAUUCCUCAAAUUGGAGUCUUAACCAAAUCAUUAGACAAUGCAGUCUUGAGAAAAGUGCUUUUAAUCAAUCCUGGAUUAGAUCAUCAAUAGUAAUGGAAUGCAGAAUUCAAAGGGAUUUUGCAAACUAAUUUACUCUACACCCUAGAGGGAAAACAAAUCAUAUCACUUUCUGGAAUAUCUUAUUUAGCUUUCAUGCAAUUUUCAACUUGUACAGACAAAAUGACUCUGCACAUGUGAGAUGGCUAUUGAAGUGUGUGUGAUCGCAACACUACUCAAUUCCAGUUUGCUUAGUAUUGAAUAAUGGACUUUGCAUACAUACAGGCUGACCCUGUUGCAGGACCACUCACUUUUAAUGUGACACUUUAAAGUGGCUGGUUCCUCUCUAAUGUAUUGUACAAAGUGUGCCUACAGUAGGUGUGUGUGUGUGUAUACAGGCCUGUACAGGGGGCGAUAAUGGCAUGGGGUAGCCAGUGUGAAACACAAUGCGACAGCCUCUCACUCAAAAAUGAGCUUGUGCCAGGCGUGUUGUUGUUACCAUAGCAGUAUUGUGUUUUCUUUGAUUUCCCUACUUGAACAAGUGAAUAAGGCCAAGUAAGUGUGGCACUGUGCUCAUUGCAUUGUGAAGCAUGAAUGUCACACACAACCUUGAACUCGGUGGACCCAUCGCUAUCCACUGACUGUAAGACAUCCCUGCAGGUUUAAACUCUGCCUCAGCGGCUUCAAUUGCUGGAAUAGAUGUUCUCUCAAAUCACACAUUAUAUCUCAUGUUACAUCGACAUGGCCACAAAUGAAAUAUUGUUUCUAGCAAAAGUGACUGCAUUAGGGCUCUGCUCCAUCAUAUAUAUGGGUGUAUUCUCCAGGGCUCAAUUAUGGGACGGUUUCUUUUUGUGUCAUAGCUAUUGCAUGUUUGUAACGUUGUGCUUGUUACAUAAAUAGCCAUUGUGUUCAAUAAGAAAAGAGGUUGUUGCACUAUAUUUUCAUUUUCCUCUUGACUUGUAUUUUCUUGACAAAUGCUAUCACUGUUCAUUACGGCCACAUAGCUCAGAGUCAGGGAUCCCCGGUCUUGCUUUGCUUCAUCAGAAUGAAUUGGUUUUGGCUUCACUGAACCGACUGCCAAGACGUGAUCCCAGGAGCCAAGGUUUGCGAGGCGUUCUCCUCCCAGGGGGACAGGAGAUGAGUGGAUACGCUGGAUACACACCUUGUAGGUCCGUACACGCUCUCACUUCCAUGCCACGGUAGAUAGGCUUUCGCUACAGUACCUCGCUCCUAUGAAUCUGUGCACUGGCUCUUUUCAAGAUGACCCAGUACUCUGUGUUCUUUAGAUAGGCCUGUUGGCUGAGGAGAAGUGUGGCAUGCGUGAGUCAAGCCUGGAAAAAAGCCCUGUCCCCAGUCACUCAGGGUAGAGGACAGGGCAUGUGUCAUGAGAGUGCCAGUGAAGCGCUGUAAUCCGUUUUGUUUCGCUCUCUUUCCUUUGGACGCUCUUUCUUGUGCACCAAUAACUGUUCUACUGUAUUUGCCCUGGUAUCUUCUUUCAGGAAACUGAAAUAAGGAAAUUGUGUGGAAUGCUAACAUGAUCUGCUUACAAUCUGUUUUUCUUUUGUUUUCUAAUACAGUAUUUAAUCAAUGGGCAAUACCUACACUGUGAAAUAUUUAGCAUACAUGCUAAAUUAUAUUUUCAAAAGGGAAUUUUUCAAUGUAGACUACUACGCCUACAAACACAUUACUGUGUUGUAACAUAUUAAUAGUGGUGUAUUGUAUUUACGACUGUCAUAUUCCUCUCCCUCCUAGAGCUGACAUUUGCAUGGAUCUUCAAUGAGUACCCCUACUUUGUCCAGCAAGACAGUCGUCGAUUCAUCUCUCAGGAGACAGGAAGUCUGUACAUCGCUAAAGUGGAGCCUUCUGAUGUGGGAAACUAUACCUGUGUGGUCAACAACAGCAUCACUAAGGGCAAAGUCCUCAGCUCUCCUACACCGCUGGUCCUGAGGAAUGAUGGUAAGAUCCCAUCCUUUAUAUAAACAGACACACUGAUCAGACAGCACAAAACAAAAAGCUGCCCACAUUUUAAAAAGCUGCCAAGAUUAAGCCACAAUUCGUAAAGCAUUGGCAGACUAUACACAGUCUACAAUAGACCAUUCUAUCCAGAUAUUCUGUAAUGCUGAUUAUAAGUGGUCAAAGAGAAAGAGUAAUCUUAUACCCUCAAAAGGUAAAGUCAAAGGGUGAAGCUGUUGUCCUCCUAGCAGCUUGAAUAUAAGAUUCAGUCUGAAAAGAAGGAGAUUAAUCCCUACCAUGCCUUCACCCAGGUGUGUUCUUCUUUGAACCUUUUACAAACGUUUUCCAUUUCUCUCCAUCUUAACAACCUCUCAGUGAUCGCUUCUGUUCCACACACAAAGACCUUUGUGUUUCUGGGCGCAUGUUAUUGUUGUACCUUGUUUUCCAGGGUGUAAAGCGUGUGCGCCAUUAAUCAUUAAUGCCAAAAUUUGGUUUGUGUAUUGUCUCCCUUUCGUAGGAGCAAUGGGUGAAUACGAACCCAAAAUAGAAGUUCAUUUCCCUGACACUGUUCCAGCUGCGAAGGGAUCCACAGUGAAACUGGAAUGUUUCGCUCUGGGAAAGUAAGUUGGAGUGAAUGUGCAAGUUUGUGCAUGUGCAUAAGUCACACAGAUCAUUGUAAUUAUGAGGUUGCUGUUUUUAGGAUGCUGGAAUAUUAGUGAUAUCACCUAAAGUCUUGAAGUCAAGUAUCACAAAACACAACAUUAUCCUGCAACCAACUCACAUUACACCGUGACGUCAACAGAGCGCGACGCAUGCUGAAAGUGGAAUGAGAGAGAACUUGGUUUGUUGUUGUUGAACGUUUCUGAAAUGGGUUUUAAUUGACUUACUAUUAGCUAAACAAUGUUUUAUACACUACUGGUCAAAAGUUUGAGAACACCUACUCAUUCAAGAGUUUUUCUUUUCUACAAUUUUCUACAUUGUAGAAUAAUAGUGAACACAUCAAAACUAUGACAUAACACAUAUGGAAUCAUGUAGUAACCAAGAAAGUGUUAAACAAAUCAAUAUAUAUUUGAGAUUUGAGAUUCUUCAAAUAGCCACCGUUUUCCUUGAUGACAGCUUUGCACACUCUUGGCAUUCUCUCAACCAGCUUCACCUGGAAUGCUUUUCCAACAGUCUUGAUGGAGUUCCCACAUAUGCUGAGCACUUGUUGGCUGCUUUUCCUUUACUCUGCGGUCCGACUUAUCCCAAACCAUCUCAAUUGGGUGGAGGUCGGGGGAUUGUGGAGGCCAGGUCAACUGAUGCAGCACUCCAUCACUCUUCUUCUUGGUAAAAUAGCCCUUACACAGCCUGGAGGUAUGUUGGGUCAUUGUCCUGUUGAAAAACAAAUUAUAGUCCCACUAAGCCCAAACCAGAUGGGAUGGCGUAUCGCUGCAGAAUGCUGUGUUAGCCAUGCUGGUUAAGUGUGCCUUCAAUUCUAAAUAAAUCACAGACAGUGUCAUCAGCAAAGCACCCCCACUCCGUAACACCUCCUCCUCCAUGCUUUACGGUGGGAACUACACAUGCGGAGAUCAUCCGUUCACCCACACCACGUCUCACAAAGACAUGGCGGUUGGAACCAAAAAACCUCAAAUUUGGACUCCAGACCAAAGGAUACAUUUCCACCGGUCUAAUGUCAAUUUCUCGUGUUUCCUGGGCUCAAGCAAGUCUCUUCUUCUUAUUGGUGUCCAUUAGUAGUAGUAAUUCGACCAUGAAGGCCUGAUUCUCACAGUCUCCUCUGAACAGUUGAUGUUGAGAUGUGUCUGUUACUUGAACUCUGUGAAGCAUUUAUUUGGGAUGCAAUUUCUGAGGCUGGUAACUCUAAUAAACUUAUCCUCUGCAGCAGAGGUAACUCUGGGUCUUCCAUUCCUGUGGCGGUCCUCAUGAGAGCCAGUUUCAUCAUAGUGCUUGAUGUUAAAUUAACUUAAGAAGGCACACCUCUUAAUUUAAAUGCAUUCCAGGUGACUUCCUCAUGAAGCUGGUUGAGAGAAUGCCAAGAGUGUGCAAAUUUGUCAUCAAGGCAAGGGUGGCUAUUUGAAGAAUCUCAAAAAUAAAAUAUAUUUUGAUUUGUUUAACAUAUGUUUUUGGUUACUACAUGAUUCCAUAUGUGUUAAUUCAUAGCUUUGAUGUCUUCACUAUUAUUCUACAAUGUAGAAAAUAGUAAAAAAUAAAGAAAAACCCUUGAAUGAGUAGGUGUUCUAAAACUUUUGAACGGUAGUGUAUAUACUGAAAAUAUAAACUCAACAUGUAAAGUGUUGGUCCCAUGUUUCAUGAGCUGAAAUAAAAUAUCCCAGAAAUGUUCCAUAUGCACAAAAAGCUUAUUUCCUUCAAAUGUUGUGCACAAAUUAGUUUACAUCCCUGUUAGUGAACAUGUCUUCUUUGCCAAGAUAAUCCAUCCACCUGACAGGUGUGGCAUAUCAAGAAGCUGAUUAAACAUCAUGCUCAUUACACAAGUGCAUCUUGUGCUGGGGACAAUAAAAGGCCACUCUAAAAUGUGCAGUUUUGUCACACAACACAAUACUACAGAUGUCUCAAGUUUUGAGUGAGUGUGCAAUUGGCAUGCUCCCUCAGAGAAUUUGGCAGUACGUCCAAACGGCUUCACAACCGCAGACCACGUGUAUGGCGUUGUGUGGGUGAGCGGUUUGCUGAGGUCAACGUUGUGAACAGAGUGCCCCAUGGUGGAGGUGGGGUUAUGGUAUGGGCAGGAAUAAGCUAUAGACAACGAAGACGAUUGCAUUUUAUCAGUGGCAAUUUGAAUGCACAGAGAUACCAUGACAAGAUCCUGAGGCCCAUUGUCGUGCCAUUCAUCCACCGCCAUCAUCUCAUGUUUCAGCAUGAUAAUGCACGGCCCCACGUCACAAGGAUCUGUACACAAUUCCUGGAAGCCUGUUUGGGAUUCUCUGGAUUUUCGUGUACAACAGUGUGUUCCAGUUCCCGCCAUUAACCAGCAACUUUGCAAAGCCAUGGAAGAGCAGUGGGACAACAUUCCACAGGCCAUAAUCAACAGCCUGAUCAACUCUAUGCGAAGGAGAUGUGUCGCGAUGCAUGAGGCAAAUGGUCACACCAGAUACUGACUGGUUUUCUGUUCCACACCCCUACUUUAAUUUAUUUCUCCAUAUUAUGUCUAUCUCUGAUAAGCUACCCAGGAAAGGGCUAAGAAUAGCCUAUAUUAAUACAUGUAGCCUUAGAAAUAAGGUUCAUGAAAUCAAGAACUUGCUAACAUCGGAUAACAUUCAAAUACUGGCCAUCUCUGAAAUUCAUAAUUCCUUUGAUGAUACAGCAGUAGCAAUACACGGAUAUAACAGUCAGUAUUUGGAUAAUAUGUGUGCAUUGCUUGAUAGCGUGUGGAUGUUAACAGAGAGGUCUAUUUUCUGGGUGACCUGACCAUUGACUGGUUAGCAUCUAGCUGUCCUCUCAAGAGGAAGCUUCUAACUGUGACUAAUGCCUAUAAUAUGACCCAGGGUAUCACUGAACCAAUUAGAGUGCAUACCACUUGUUUUGAUCAUAUCGUCACUCAUGCUGCAGAGCUUUUAGGUUGGGCCUAAAGUAAUUUGUAAGAGAUCAUACAAAAUGUUUUCUCAGGACUAUUUUGUUUAAGAUGUAAAACAUGUAUGUUGGUCUGAUGUGUAUGAGGAAGUGAAUCCAGAUGCAGCACUGGAAGUGUUUGUAAAAUGAUUAAUGCACCUAUUAAGAAAUUAACUGUGAGAACUGUAAGAACCCUCUGGAUUGAUGAUUAAUUGAGAAAUAUUAUGGAAAUGUUAUGUAUGCGUGAGAGCACCAGCUGUUCCGGACGACUGUGUGAUCACGCUCUCGAUAGCCGAUGUGAACAAGACCUUUAAACAGGUCAACAUUCACAAAGCCGUGGGGCCAGACGGAUGACCAACUGGCAAGUGUCUUCACUGACAUUUUAAAACUCUCCAUCACCGAGUCUGUAAUACCUACAUGUUCCAAGCGACCACCAUAGUCCCUGUACCCAAGAAAGCAAAAGUAACCUGCCUAAAUUAUUACCGCCCCGUAGUACUCACGUCGGUAGCCAUGAAGUGCUUUGAAAGGCUGGUCAUGGCUCACAUCAACACCAUCAUCCCAGAAACCCUAGACCCACUCCAAUUCGCACACCGCCCCAACAGAUCCACAGAUGUCGCAAUUUCAAUCGCACUCCACACUGCCCUCUCCCAUCUCGACAAAAGGAACACCUAUGUGAGAAUGCUGUUCAUUGACUUCAGCUCAGCGUUCAACACCAUAGUGCCCACAAAGCUCAUCACUAAGCUAAGGACCCUGGGACUAAACACCUCCCUCUGCAACUGGAUCCUGGACUUCCUGACGGGCCGCCCCCAGGUGCUAAGGAAAGGCAACAACACAUCUGCCACGCUGAUCCUCAACACUGGGGCCCCUUAGGGGUGUGUGCUUAGUCCACUCCUGUACUCCCUGUUCACCCACGACCGCGUGGCCAAACACGACUCCAACACCAUCAUUAAGUUUGCUGACGACACAACAGUGGUAGGCCUGAUCACCGACAACGAUGAGACCUGGUAGUGUGGGUGGAGGUCAGAGACAUGGCAGUGUGGUGCCAGGACAACCUCUCCCUCAAUGUGAUCAAGACAAAGGAGCUGAUCGUGGACUACAGGAAAAGGCAGGCCGAACAGGCCCCCCAUUAACAUCAACGGGGCUGUAGUGGAGCAGGUUGAGAGUUUCAAGUUCCUUGGUGUCCACAUCACCAACAAACGAUCAUUGUCAAACACACCAAGACAGUCAUGAAGAGGGCACAACAACACCUAUUCCCCCUCAGGAGCCUGAAAAGAUUUGGCAUGGGUCCCCAGAUCCUCAAAACGUUAUAAAGCUGCACCAUUGAGAGCAUCCUGACCGGUUGCAUCACCGCCUUGUAUGGCAACUGCUCGGCAUCUGACCAUAAGGCGCUACAGAGGGUAGUGCAUACGUCUCAAUACAUCACUGGGGCCAAGCUUCCUGCCAUCCAGGACCUAUAUACUAGACUGUGUCAGAGAAAAUAAUUGUCAAAGACUCCAGUCACCCAAGUCAUAGACUGUUCUCUCUGCUAUCGCACGGCAAGCAGUACCGGAGCGCCAAGUCUAGAACUAAAAGGCUCCUUAUCAACUUCUACCCCCAAGCCAUAAGACUGCUGAACAAUUAAUCAAAUGGCCACCCGGACUAUUUAUAUUGACACCUUCCCCCUCCCUUUGUUUUUACACUGCUGCUACUCGCUGUUUAUUAUCUAUGCAUAGUCACUUUACCCCUACCUACAUGUACAAAUUACCUCGACUGACCUGUACUGCCGCACAUUGACUCGGUACCGGUACCCCCUGUAUAUUGCCUUGUUAUUGUUAUUUUAUGGUGUUACUUUUUAUUGAUAUUUUAUUUUUUACUAUAGUUUAUUUAGUAAAUAUUUUCUUAACUCUUUCUUGAACUGCAUUGUUGGUUAAGGACUUGUGAGCAUUUCACAGUAAGGUCUAGACCUGUUGUAUUCGGCGCAUGUGAGAAAUACGAUUUGAUUUGAUUUGAAAUUAUGCGAAAGAGGUGGCAAAUAAGUCAGGCUACUCAGUUGAUUGGUUGACAUACUGUAAAUUGAGACAUUUUGUGACUAAACUAAACAAAAAUAAUAAGAAACUAUAUUACCAAACCAAGAUAAAUGACAUAAAACACAAUGGAAAAAAACUUUGGAAUACCUUAAAUUAUAUCAUUGGCGGAAAACCCAAUUAAUCUCCAUCGUUCAUUGAAGUUGAUGGGUCAUUUAUUUAUUUUAAAAAACAUUCGAUGUUGCCAAUAAUUUCAAUGACUAUUUCACUAGUAAAGUGGAAAAACUCAGAAGUGAAAUGACAACAUUGAACAGUGAACCAUCAUAUUUUUCUAUAAAAUAUCUAAUAACGAAAGAGAAGGAUUGCUGUUUUGAAUUUGGUCAAUUUAGUGUGGGAGAGAUGGAAAAACUAUUGUUAUCCGUCAAUAAUGAAAAGCCACCAGAUAUAGACAACCUUGAUGGGAAACUAUUGAGAAUGGUAGCAGACUGUAUUGCCACCGCUAUUUGCUAUAUCUUUAACCAAAGCCUAAAGGAGUGUGUGUCCACAGGUGUGGAAGGAAGCUAAAGUAAUUCCACUGCCUAACCCUUUGAUGUCUUUAACAGCCGUCCAAUCAGUUUGCUGCCUGCUCUUAGUAAACUGAUUGAGAGAAUUGUGUUUGACCAAAUACAAUGCUAUUUUUCAGAGAACAAGUUAACUACUGACUUUCAGCAUGCAUAUAGAGAAGGGCACUCAACUUGUACUGCACUGACUCAGAUGACAUAUGAUUGUUUAAAAGAAAUGGAUAAAAAGAUGAUAGUUGGAGCUGUAUUGUUAGAUUUCAGUGCAGCCUUUGAUGUUAUUGAUAAUAAAUUGUUAUUGAAGAAACUCACUUGCUAUAGCUUUCCAUCACCUGCCAUCACAUGGUUGCAGAGUUAUGUAUCCAAUUGAACCCAGAGAGUGUUCUUCAAUGGAAGCUUCUCUAACAUCAGAUAAGUACAGUGCGGAGUCCCUCAGGGCAGUUGCCUUGGGCUGUAACUCUUCUCUAUUUUUACAAAUGAUUUGCCACUGGUCUUACAUGAAGCUAGAAUGACUAUGUAUGCGGAUGAUUCCACACUCUACAUGUCAGCACCCGAAGCCAGUGAGCUCACUGAAAUUCUAAAUAAGGAGUUACAGUCAGUAUCAGAAUGGGUGAUUUAAUAAUAAACUGGUCUUAACUACAUCUAAAACUAAAACCAUUGUAUUUUGUUCAAAACAUUCUCUAAGACCUAAACCUCAACUGGAGUUGUGUACAAGGGGUGUGACCAUUGAGCAAGUUGAGGAAGCUAAACUCCUAGGUAUAAUAUUGGAUGGUUAAUUAUCAUGGUCAAGUCAAAUUGACCAAGUUGUUGUGAAGAUGGGGAGGGGUAUGUCUGUUAUAAAAAGAUGUUCUGCGUUUUUGACACAAAGAUCAACUGUACAAGUUGUUCAGGCUCUGAUCUUGUCCCAUCUUGAUUACUGUCUGGUAAUAUGGUCAGGUGCAGCAAAGAAAAACCUAACAAAGCUGCAGCUGGCUCAAAACUGAGCAGCAACAUAGCUUUCCCAUAACUGCACAUACAGAACUAACAUCAACAGCAUGCAUGCCAGUCUUUCCUGGUUGAGGGUUGACGAGAGAUUAACUGCUUCUCCUAGUUUUUAUGAGAAGUAUUACUUUAAUGAAAAUUCCAGAUUGUCUGCAUAAUCAAAUAACAUUCAGCUCAAACACCCACAAGACAUGCCACCAGGAAUUCACGGCAACGCACAGUAUUAUACAGAGCCAUGAUCGCAUGGAACUCCCUUCCAUCUCCAAUUACUCAAGCAAACAGCAAAAUUACCUUUAAAAAAAUAUUAAACAACAUCUAAUGGAACGGCGGGGACUGUGAGGUGACACACAAACACACGCACACACAGACACAAUCUAACACACACAUUUUUUUGUUUUGUCUUUUUGAAUUGUUUGUAUAUCAUUGUAUUUAAAAUGUGUGUGACUGCUCUUGUCUGUCAGUUUAUCAGUGUUUCGUUACUUGUCAUGUUUUGUGUUUUUUUGUGGACCCCAGGAAGAAUAGGUGCUGCCUCUGCAAAAGCGUAUGGGGAUAAACAAACAAAUAUCACAGAUUCCCAAGGGGCUACAGAAAGCAAUAUCACAUCGUAAGGAUGUGAAAAUCAAACGUCCUUUCAUAUAUCUCCCAGGAAAGCAAAGCCACAGAAAUUUGAGACAGUGAAAAUGGAUGAGAGACAGAUGUGUAUGGUUACAGUAAUUCUAAAGGCUUUGGCAGCCUCCUCCUUAGAGAAGAAUGGAAUUCCAUUACACAGUUAAAGCUUCUGUACAGUUAAUCACAUUUUUUCCACCUCAGACAGUCGUCGUCAUUAGGGCUUUUUUUCUUUCCUAAUGUUGCAGCCCAGUCCCAGAAAUAAGUUGGAGGAGAACCAGUGGCGUCCCAUUUCCCAGUAAGGUUAAGAUGAAGAACUCCAACGCAGUCCUUGAAAUUCCAAAUUUCCAGCAGGAAGACACAGGGACGUACGAGUGUGUGGCAGAAAAUAGCAGAGGCAAAAACGCUGCACGAGGUCGUAUCUCCUUCCAUGGUAAGUGAUCCGUUUAAAGUCCAGAGAGACUUAUGAGUCAAUGUGCUGUUGUAAUAGAUAUCCACAUUUUUUAAUGUAGGCUUGGAGUCGGAAUACUGGCUGUGGCCUUGGUCGUCUGAUAGAAAACCUGGCAUAGUAAUUGUGUGAAAAGAUGGAAUAUUCAUUCAAUGCUGAUAUUAUUUCAGUGGUCCAUGAUAACAAUUCAUUUUCAGUCUUGACUCAGUUGGCUUUUUUAUUGUCAUUAUGUCCCUGACAUUUGCAUAUUCCCUCUUUUCAUAGCGAAACCCCAUUGGCUCCAGACAAUGAUCGACGGGGCCCUGUCCAUUGAGGAGAACCUGUUCUGGGAAUGUAAGGCUAACGGGAAGCCCAAGCCCUCCUACAGCUGGCUGAAGAAUGGAGACAACCUAAUGGCAGAGGUAUGAAUGGAGCCCUGGCAACCACCAGCUCUGAGCAUGCAGAGCGUUCCUCCCCCCUUCACAGCACUGUGAUGGAUCCGAUCUGAGGGACCUGUCCCACAGACACAUCACAUCAACAUCUCCACCAUAGUGUGCCGUGGUACAGGCUCUCUGAACAGCUGAUGGGGUUAAAAUUCAGGCUGAGCAAGACAUCAGCAAAAAAAAUCAGACCUGUCUUAGUGGCUUUUCCAACUGGAUGGCCAUGGAAAAUAAAUUGCUUAUUAGUGUUCUACUGGUAUUGUCAACAUUGCUUUUUUUAUUUUCAUUGAAGCUGCAGGUCAGCAUUUGUUAGACCCCAAUCUGAGCAUACAUACUGCAACAGAGGGCUAUAAAAUGUAUUUUCUUCUCGUCUCUUGCUCUCUUCGUCUCUUCAUAGUGUACAAGUAAUUGCAUUUACGCCUGUGGACAUAUUCGACUGCUCCAGCAAUACGUAUGCAGAUCUGUCUGCUUUCUCAUCCACAGGGCCGGGUACAAAUUGAAAACGGGGCUCUCUCCAUAGCAGCAUUAAACCUGUCAGACACCGGGAUGUAUCAGUGUGUGGCGGAAAACAAACAUGGCAUUAUUUAUUCCAGCGCUGAGCUAAUGGUGUUAGGUAAGAUUGCUUUCCUCUCCGCUUUUUAUAUGUGUCUAUCUUGCUGUCUGUUUGAUCAUAUUCUUAAAGGUAAAACUAGCAUCCUGCGAUUGCCCUUUUCAAAAAUCACUCUGCUGCCUCAUUUAAUGCCACUUCGGCUCCAAAGAAGAAAAUAUGAAUCUGAUGGAGUGUCUCAUUUUAGUUUCAAUCAUUAUAUUGAUUUUGAUACUACAAAUACGUUGCAUAGUGGCAUCAGAGGGCUUUCUCAUGUAGAUGACAUAUCGAUUUAUUUGGAGAGCUUUGAUGAGUUCUAUCUGACCUACUGGAUGAGAAAUCCAAUUCUGUCUUGAUAUUUAAUGACACUGGGGGUCUCCGAUGAUGGCUGACAAAUGUGAUGAUGACAGAUGAAGCCCAAAGUUUAGAGAAUCCCAUACUGUGUAGUGAGGACUGGUCUUUAGGGGGGGGGGGGGGGGGGGGGGUAUGGCUUCAUUGCUGAAGCCUUGGAGCAGAUCCUAUGGAGAUCGUGGCUUUUAUGCCAGAGGGUAGGGGAAGGAGGGAGGGAAUGAGAGUCAAUCUCAGCUCAGCUCAGCACAGUUGAUCUAGGAGUUGGUUCAAGUUGUCUUCUUCACGUUUUUCACCCCCUGUGUCUUCUCUAGCAUCACCUCCCAGUUUCUCCAAGAAUCCACUGAAGGCCCUGCUAAAAGCUUGCUCAGGCAGUAACGUGGCUUUGGAGUGCAAGCCCCAAGCCUCGCCCCGGGCAAUUAGCCUGUGGAAGAAAGGCAAUGAGAUCCUGCAGAGAAACGAAAGGUAGUAUGGAACCCAGGAUGAAUUCUCUUCCAUUCACAAAGUGUAGUUAUGUGUUAUUAGAAUAUUUGCAUGUGUGGAUGAAUAGGAGGACAGGCAAAUGAGAAGAAAACAAAGCCCUGCAAAAAUGUAUAUAUACAGUAGAUAGUCAAUGUAGUAUGCAGCGUUUGUGCAUAUUGAAUGGUUAGUAUAUGCGAAGACUUACAUUUCAGUCAUUCAGUCUUAUUAUGUUCAAAUACAAAAAUGCACAUGCAGAUAACAAUCGCUUGAAUGACAAGCCUGGGUGGAAUGAUUGACAUUAGGACACCAAUCUUCAUAGGAAAUGGAAAAAUGCAAAGUCCAUUUUCUAAAAUUACAGUUGGGCUUUCCUCUGUUGGAAUAGAAGGAAACAUGUAAAUGGUGUUGAAAUGAAGGUGAUGAUGCAUCCUAGCACUUGGACUGGAUUUAGACACGGCACUUCUGUUCUCUACCCAAGCAAAAGCUCUGAAUCUCUGUUACUCAUCCCCCAGGAUUACUCUGCUUCCCAACGGGACACUGAAGAUUGCUAAUGUAACCAGGAGGGAUGCGGGAAGCUACACGUGCAUCGCUAAGAAUCAGUUUGGGACUGCAAGCACCACUGGAAGGCUGUUCAUCACAGGUGAGCUAUCAUAACAUAUUCUCCCAAUAAGCCCUGAGCCAUCGCCCCAAAACUAGGGUAUAUCGACAGAUUUUUCAUCUUGCAGGCUUGGGUAUUCAAAACAGCAACAUUUCGGAUACUGGCCUAAUGCUCUAACCACUAGGCUACCUGCAGCCCACACUUCAAUAAGCUUCAAUGAAGCUACAAAACUGUCAGUAUUCAACCUUAACGUGACAACAAUACAACAGAACAGAUUAACAGGAAUUACAUUUACUUUCACAGGUGGGCAAAAAUAACUAUCUGAAACCCACACCCCUACUAAGCCACGCCUCCAGUUUUACCCAGCAUUAUUAACCCAGCAUCAACAACCCAAUCUUACUCUUCUUAAAGAAAACAACCUAAUUAAGUGGCCCAAUGCCUGCAACCCAGUAGUUGGGUCAUCCAAACAACCCAGCAUUUUUUUGAGUGUACUGUCUGAUAUUUGUAUGUACUUACUUGUGCUGAUAAUCGUACUAAUAAUUCCAGCCUAACACCUAAUGAAAGUGAUCGUUACUAUUUUGUCUGUACAACUUAACACGGUCAAGGUUGUUAUUUUCUAAUUAAAGCAAUUGAAAUGGUGCUUAAAAAUAGGCAAUAAGUUAUUGUACUGCAAUUAAGUAAAGGUCAUUACUUAUGGAUGCGGAGACUUAACGUGUUGAUGCAGUUAUCUGGUACAUGUGUUGUAAACGUCUGUCUCCACCUCCCUUGUUUUUCUCAUUCGCUAAUUUAAAGUUUUACGCCAACAGCUGAUCCCUUUAAUCUAAUGGAAUUUAAUUAUCCUGACCUUUCUCUUACAAGGCUCCCAUACUCCACUGCAUGCAAUUCUCUACAGCCACCAUUGGGAAUGCAUUCUGCUUGCAUAAUCCUACUUCAAACAUUUCCCCCCAAGUUGACCAUGCAAAUACGAAGUGUCAACCAGAUUUUUUUUUUAAGUUAAGUGCUAGAACCAAGACACAUGUAGCUAUGAUGAUCCUUGUCGUAGUGAUAGUAUGAUAUAGUUAUAAUCUAAACACUAGGGUUGUUUGAGCGUAAUGGUUCCCACCCAGAGAGUAUUAAGAUGCAUACUAAGCUGUCAUUGUCUGGACAGAGCCCACCAGAAUCACCCAGAGGCCUGCUAACAUGGAGAUCAUUGUUGGCGAGAGUAUUGUGCUGCCCUGCCAGACAGCCAGCGAUCCAGCCCUGGAUGUCUCUUUCUCCUGGGCCUUCAACGGGCAGCUCAUAGACUUCCACGGGGACGCUGACCAUUUCGACAGAGUAGGAGGGGUGAGUCAUCAGGAGCAGUGGACAACUGCUGUGAGGCUAUUCUAGGAUUAAUUGUUUCACACAGUGUGGCAGACUGCAAAAUAAUAUGCUUCGUUUGGAAACUCUGUAGAAUCUCUAUGUAAUAGGUUAGCUACUUCCUAAAAACCUCUAAAAGCCCUACCAUCACACUGUAGGCUACUUUAUUAAACGUGUAUACAAGAAAAGUACUAAUGAAGCAUGUGUUGGGAUCAAAUCUUAGCAGCAGUUUUAGCAUUGAAGCGAAGCUUCAAUAGGCUGUAUUUAACUUCCAUUGCUUGAAGUUAUAUUUCCUCUUUUUCAAUGACUCUUCCAUUUACCUUUUAACUCCCUGUCUAUCGGACAGCCCAUAAGAAUUGCGAUCUUAUUCGUAAGACAAUAUAAAGGUGAAAGCCACAGUAUUUCAUAGGAGAUCCUACUAAUCUUUAAGCUGUUUCAAUGGUAGAAGAAGCCUGAUGAAUUAAAAGUCUUUAUACUUUUCAUCCCUCAAACUUCUAAUUUCUCCACCUCAAGGGAGAUCAUUUUGUUAUCAUCUCUCUUUGCCGUAAUUGAAUUUGCAUACCUAUUUAUGAGUCUUGUGCCCUGAAAUAAUUUGUAAUGAGUUGGCUGGCAUUAACCAAGGGCAAGCCUUGGCACCAGUAAAAUGUUCAUUUGAAUUCCUCAUGCCUUCAAUUAACGAUAAGAGACUACUCUUUGUCUAAAAUAUGUGUUCCUUUUGAUAGACGAGCGCAGUCAUUUGUUCUGCGCUCGUCUCUGCCAAAUUGUUUUAGAGAAUCAUUUAUCACUGUUUUAUGGAUUCAUUAUUCACCCAUGGUUCAUUGUACGGAUAUAGCUGAAUAAACUAAAUUCAUGGAUCAAAGUUUACGUUGAUAUCAGAGUUGAACCCCUCCCACGUUGUGGUCAUGCUAAGUUCACUCCUGUGUGGAUAGACAAAUGGCAAUUACAAAUGACAUUGACAUGUGGACACACAAAUAAUGAGAUACAGUUUUCACAUAUUCCAUAUCCCCAUGCCCAGGGAGAUUACCAGCUCCUCUCAACAGCGUCUGAUGAAUUAAUUAACAUAAUUAAGCCAGAUCUGCCUCAUAGCUUCCUGCCUGGCAAGGCAUGGAAUUUAACCCCUCGCUCUCCAGUCAGACAGCUGCUGGCUGGCAUGUCAGAGGCAGACAUGGCAUGAGCAUGUUAGCCUGUCAGAAGAGAGGAGUGCCAUGCCGUCCCUCAGCCACACAUAAGUGCCGCUCUGCUCUGCUUUGUCUUUGCCCCCGAGAGGUGAGGUUCCUCGGGGCGUUCAUGCCCAAUUGCAACCGAGCCUAGCCGAGCUGUGGUCACUGCCCAGUGAGUUGAUGAAAUUUGGCGUAGCUUGAGUGUGUCUAACCUGCUUAGCCCUUAGGUGAAUCCUCUCCAGACAAACACACUCUAUCUUAAAAGGAGUCCUGAAGGAUGACAUGCCAUGUAUGUGUGACAGACCACUUCACUAAGUGAACAUUGGCUCUGGAUUUUUAGAAUAUGAGUCCCACUCCCCAGAUAGAGUGAUGGGUAGCAUUGCUAUGUGCCUAAUAGUUAACUGCAGAUAAAGAUGUUCCCAUAUCACUCACUUUAAAAUAUGAAGACAUUUAAAUGUUAUAACUCUUCCACAUUGACUUCUGUAACUGUACUUAAGCCUCCAUGGCAGAUGGGAAGAUUAACUGAAGCUAUUUCAUCACCUCACUCCUCUUUAGGUUUUUCAAUAGUUUAUCAGCUUUAGUUUCCCCAUGGCGUGAAAGAGCAUACUGUUUUAUUUAGAACAAUAUUAGCUCUUAGUCUGUAAGUCGUACUAAUUUCUCAUGCCUGCUUAUGUAAUUCUUGAAUAAUUAGGAUCAUCUUGCCAAUUAGCCGUUGUGUGUUUGUUUUGGUGGUCCUGUGCGAGGCUGAGUAGGGGAGCAUGCAGUGCCUGAAGGAUAGCCAACAGGACUGUUUGUUUAGAACACAGCUCACGUUCUUGCUGGUUUCCGUGUGUCACAAGACUCUGUGACCUGAGGGGACCACAUGCAGCUCCAUGCACAGAGCUUUCUCAAUUUUAAAGCUACAGUCACACUUGGAAAGAAAAAGAAGGUAGUUGCACAUGCUAUUGCUCCAAUGUAAUACAUGUAUUUAUUAAUCAACCUACAGUAGGAUCACACAUGCAGUUGCUCAGAGAGAAUUAUGAAACAGUUCAGAGUGUAUUUCCUUUUUAUUUCUUGAUCUUACACCAGCUUUUCUUGUGUGUUAUUGUUUUCCCUUGUAGAGCAUCUCAGGAGAUAUGAUGAUUCGUAACAUCCAGCUGAAUCACGGGGGAAAGUAUGUCUGUGUUAUCAACACCGACGUGGAAAGCUUGUCUGCUUCAGCCAUCUUGGUUGUGAAAGGUAAGAGAACCAACUGUUAAGGUUGUAAGGGUGCCUCUAUGGAAUUCAUGUUCAGUUCACUCUGGCUAUGAAUGAUGAUAAUAAUAAUAAUAUGCCAUUUAGCAGGCUAUGAGAUUCACAUUUGUACAGGGACUUAUUUCUCAGAAGUGAUUACAUUUUAGCUUCUUUAGAAAAGUUUGAGUGUCAAAAUACAAUAUAGUUCUGGCUGUGAAUAUUUGAUCUUAGAGCUUGCAAUAUAAAGUCUUGUAAGCACUUUGACAGAAUUAAAAUUAAUGCAAUAAAUUGGUGCUGAAAUUGCAAUCUAGAUGGCAUACUUAAUGUUAUUAGUCUGGGUACCAGUCUGUUUAGCUUCCAUUCCAGUCAUUGUACACCAUGUCAUGUGCUCAAAAUGUGGCACAUGCCAUGCAUGGAGUACAACGAGUAGAACGGAAUCUAAACAGACUGGCAACCAGACUAUAAUUUUAUAGGCCUAUGUGAGUAAUAUUGGUUAAUAAAACUUGCUGCCAAGCUACCUAUGUGGCGGCAGGUAGCCUAGCGGUUAAGAGCAUUGGGCCAGUAACCGAAAGGUCGCUGGUGCGAAUCCCGAGCCGACUAGGUGAAAAAUAUGUCGAUGUACCCUUGAGCAAGGCACUUAACCCUAAUUGCUCCUGUAAGUCACUCUGGAUAAGAGCAUCUGCUAAAUGUCAAAUAUAACCAUAAUGCCAAAUAGGACGAUGUAUUCAGUUUGGUGAGAACUCUGCAGACAAAUAUAAUGAUCUUACACAUAUUGUUUUUACAUUUCAUGACAUGACAUGGUAUACAAAUGUAACAAUGGAAGGUGUUGGUGUAAUGAGAACAUUGCAUUUUUAUGACAUGUUUUUGAAAGACAAUAUUUGGCAUUGCUAAAUUAAAAAAUGGCACGCAAUGUGACACUGGUACAUUUGUGACUGCAGCUUCCACAGCGGUAGUUGAUAUGUGUUAGGCGCAGUGUAUCAUAUCUCAUCAUUGUAGCAUAUCUCUAGUGAUUUACAUUGGCAUACAUUGCAUGCCCAUAACACCCUGUAAUAGCUGUCCCGGGUGUUUUGGAAAGCCAUUGUUUGUUACAGAGAAUGGUUUUAAUUGACUCAUUUACACAUUGACAAAAAACAUAGAAGCAUCUGUAUAAUGAAACAGUAGAGCGAACAACAUCAUCUUUGGAGCAUAUAUGUGACCCACCACCUGGAUUUGGUCCUAUGUAGCAACAUUUUUAAUGAUAUUUUUUACAUUGGAUAAAAGUAGACACUCAGAGCUCGAAAAUGUUAUAUCAUAAACUGCAGUUACAGAACAAUGUGAAAGUAAUUCUGCUUUGAAAGUGGAUAAACUUGUAACCACACUUUUGAGAAAAUGGCCCAUUAAUUUCUUUAUACACCUACUGGAGAGUUCUUCUUUGUCUACACCCAUUCAACAUCAUUCACACCCUCUUAAGCCUUAGCCCCACCUAUCUCUUUAAGGAUUCACAUGUGAGGGCAUAUGCUAAACAGAGUGAGUAGUGUAGUAAACAACCGAAGAUUUCAAGACUAAAAGUGGUGAAAGUAGUAGCCUACAAUAAGGAAACUCCAGGUAAAAAUACACUAACUAGUACUUGGCCUAUAUCCUGAUCUGACUUUGGUGCAGGUCAUGUUGUUCUUCACAUUGCCUUCUAUGGUAAACACACACCAUACAGUGAGGGAAAAAAGUAUUUGAUCCCCUGCUGAUUUUGUACGUUUGACCACUGACAAAGACAUGAACAGUCUAUAAUUUUAAUGGUAGGUUUAUUUGAACAGUGAGAGACAGAAUAACAACAAAAAAAUCCAGAAAAAUGCAUGUAAAAAAAUUUAUAAAUUGAUUUGCAUUUUAUUGAGGGAAAUAAGUAUUUGACCCCAUCUCAAUCAGAAAGAUUUCUGGCUCCCAGGUGUCUUUUAUACAGGUAACGAGCUGAGAUUAGGAGCACACUCUUAAAGGGAGUGCUCCUAAUCUCAAUUUGUUACCUGUAUAAAGGACACCUGUCCACAGAAGCAAUCAAUCAAUCAGAUUCCAAACUCUCCACCAUGGCCAAGACCAAAGAGCUCUCCAAGGAUGUCAGGGACAAGAUUGUAGACCUACACAAGGCUGGAAUAGGCUUCAAGACCAUCGCCAAGCAGCUUGGUGAGAAGGUGACAACAGUUGGUGCGAUUAUUCGCAAAUGGAAGAAACACAAAAUAACUGUCAAUCUCCCUCGGCCUGGGGCUCCAUGCAAGAUCUCACCUCGUGGAGUUGCAAUGAUCAUGAGAACGGUGAGGAAUCAGCCCAGAUCUACACGGGAGGAUCUUGUCAAUGAUCUCAAGGCAGCUGGGACCAUAAUCACCAAGAAAACAAUUGGUAACACACUACGCCGUGAAGGACUGAAAUCCUGCAGCGCCCGCAAGGUCCCCCUGCUCAAGAAAGCACAUAUACAGGCCUGUCUGAAGUUUGCCAAUGAACAUCUGAAUGAUUCAGAGGAGAACUGGGUGAAAGUGUUGUGGUCAGAUGAGACCAAAAUCGAGCUCUUUGCCAUCAACUCAACUCGCCGUGUUUGGAGGAGGAGGAAUGCUGCCUAUGACCCCAAGAACUCCAUCCCCACCGUCAAACAUGGAGGUGGAAACAUUAUGCUUUGGGGGUGUUUUUCUGCUAAGGGGACAGGAGAACUUCAUCGGGACGAUGGACGAUGGACGGGGCGAUGUUUUUUUUACAUUUUUAGUCAUUUAGCAGACGCUCUUAUCCAGAGCAACUUACAGUUAGUAAAAGGGACGAUGGACGGGGCCAUGUACCGUCAAAUCUUGGGUGAGAACCUCCUUCCCUCAGCCAGGGCAUUGAACAUGGGUCGUGGAUGGGUAUUCCAGCAUGACAAUGACCCAAAAUACACGGCCAAGGCAACAAAGGAGUGGCUCAAGAAGAAGCACAUUAAGGUCCUGGAGUGGCCUAGCCAGUCUCCAGACCUUAAUCCCAUAGAAAAUCUGUGGAGGGAGCUGAAGGUUCGAGUUGCCAAACGUCAGCCUCAAAACCUUAAUGACGUGGAGAAGAUCUGCAAAGAAGAGUGGGACAAAAUCCCUCCUGAGAUGUGUGCAAACCUGGAGUCCUCUCUGAUUGCCAACAAGGGUUUUGCCACCAAGUACUAAGUCAUGUUUUGCAGAGGGGUCAAAUACUUAUUACCCUCAUUAAAAUGCAAAUCAAUUUAUAACAUUUUUGACAUGCAUUUUUCUGGAUUUUUUUGUUGUUAUUCUGUCUCUCACUGUUCAAAUAAACCUACCAUUAAAAUUAUAGACUGGUCAUGUCUUUGUCAGUGGGCAAACGUACAAAAUCUGCAGGGGAUUAAAUAACUUUUUUCCCUCACUGUAUCAAAUAAAAUGUAUUUUUCACAUGCACAGGAUACAGAAGGUGUAAACGGUACAGUGAAAUGGUUACUUGCAUAGUAGCAAUAUCAAAAGCAGAAAGUAUAAUUAUUAAAUGACGCUUACCCAGACACACUUGUAUAAAUUGAUAGGUCAUGUGAAAUAAAUAAUAUAACCACCCCCCAGCUACAUCUAGCUAAGUGGAUGGGUCACUAUUGUCUAGACAUGUACACAUGUUCAUGAAAUACAAUAGAUGGACGUGAUCACCCCCAGACACACCUGGCUAACUUGAUCAGUCAUGUAAUCAUCAGGUGUAGUAGAGUCUUUUUUUUUUUACAUGUAGCUAGAUAGCUAGCUAGAUAAACAAUGAACCUGCAUAAUCCCAAAUUAUACUACUAGCAAUACAAACAUUGUCAUAGCUGUAGUAUGAAUCUGCAGGUAGCUAAAGCUGUCAUCAAGGCAAAGUGUGGCUAUUUGAAGAAUCUCAAAUAUAAAAUAUAUUUUGAUUUGUUUAAGACCUUUUUGGUUACUCCAUGAUUCCAUGUGUGUUAUUUCAUAGUUUUGAUGUCUUCACUAUUAUUCUACAAUGUAAGAAAUAGUAAAAAUAAAGAAAAACCCUUGAAUGAGUAGGUGUGUCCAAACUUUUGACUGGUACUGUAUGUGUUCAAAUGCCUCUCAUGUGAAGUAGUGACGUGCGACAAAUGCCUAGCUUCCUGAAACGAGUCACAUAUAUUCUGUGCUUCUCAAUCAUGCUGUAUCUCUCUCACUCACUGUCUCUCUCUCACUCACUGUCUAUCGCUCACUCAAUAUCUCUCUGUCUCACUCACUGUAUCUAUGUGUCACUCACUAACUAUCUCUCUCUCAAUCUCUAUCUCUCUUUCUCUCGCGCUUUCUCUCUUCACAAAUUGUCCCCUCCCAUGUCCCUGUUCGGUGUUAGUGAUCCUGUGUUCUUAAUCACUUCUCAGCCUCACAUAUCACACGUCUGAAUUAAAGGCUUCUGUGAAGCCGGACCAAGGACACAGCCCUUAAUUAGAUGAAGUGUGAUGGCCUUGAUAUGUAAUGGGACAGCAGUAAAGGCAAGAGCAUAAUGAGUUGGGAAUGGGGGGGUGGUGGUGUGAGGGUGUUGUGGAGGCUCACUUUGCUAAUUGUCUGAUUGAGUCAGGUCCCCCCGGGCCCCCGGACACUGUAGUGGUGGAGGAGAUCACAGAUAGCACGGCCCAGCUCUCCUGGAAACCUGGUAGGGACAACGGCAGCCCUAUCACCGGCUACAUCAUCCAGGUCAGGACACCCUUCACUGUGGGCUGGCAAGCUGUGGACACAGGUAGCUAAUACACCUAGCAUACAGUACGAACAGAGCACACCUUAGCCAUGCUUAUGUAUAUGGUAAUGUUGAACGCUCUCCUUUCCACUUCCAGUUCCUGAGGAGAUCAAUGGCAACACGUUGACAGCCACUGUAGUGGGUCUGAAUGCCUGGGUGGAGUAUGAGUUCCGGGUGGUGGCCCGCAACAGUGUGGGCAUGGGAGAGCCUAGUCCAGCCUCAGCCAAGACCAGGACAGAGGAUGCCAGUGAGUUUCACUCCUCUACUCUCUCUAGAAUACAUAUGCAGACACACACACAAACACACACACAAAGUGAAAUACACAGACCCCUGACAUCUAACAUUAAAUGCUGCUUGAACCAGUUGCUGAUGUGACAGAUUAAAUGUGAUGGACCAUUUACUUUGGGUAAAUACACAUCAGGAUGCACAUGAGUGGUCCGCAAAUCUUUUGUGCAGUGCUAUGCACAAAACAGUUGUCAAGUAAAAUUGUGUUUUCUGACUAUUAAACUUAACAGCUAAAUAAAAAAAUAAGUUGUUUAUUCAUUGUGACACUUGGUAUUUGAGUAGGACGAUAUACUCCAAAACAUGUCGGGUCGCUAGUAUCAAGGGAGAAUCAAAUCACAUUUUAUUUGUCACAUGCGCCGUAUACAACAGGUGUAGACCUUACAGUAAAAUGCUUACUUACAAGCCCUUAAGCAACAAUGUCGUUUUAAGAAAGAAUACCAAAAGAAAUCACAAACAAAUACAAUAUAAAAGAAUAUGAAAUAAAAAUAACAAAUAAGUUGUGGAGUGUAAAAUAAAAAACAAUAUUGUGAAUGCAUUUUAAAACUGUGUCAUGAGGCUAGACUUAUAAACCUGUAGUUCAGCUAUGUUAACUGCCUUAUUUUUUUUUUAUUGUAUUUUUUAAAACCUUUAUUUAACAACCUCCUUAUAAUUGUUCUCCUUUGGGCUUUGUCUUACAGUGCCUGAUGCAGCUCCCACUGAUGUUGGAGGCGGAGGCGGCACAAAAUCUGAAUUAGUGAUAACUUGGGAGGUAAGUCAUCCGUCAGGUUUUACUGUUCUCUCCAUAGCCUGGUAAUGGUUUUGCUUAAUUGUGCAGAAUUGAAUGGAGCAAUUUUAUGAUCUACACUAGAGCCAGCCCCUCCCUUCUGGGGUCUGGCCUCGGAGUGCCAUUUCUCCCUCCCAACGUGAUUCAACUCAGGGAAAGAGAUUGUUUCUUUGAAGCCCACUUCAUCCACAAUGAUGUACCAAUGCAGGGAGAAAAGGAUCUGUGGGUUGUGGUGUAGGGGGGAAAACACUGCAUCUAAUCAUUGCAGCUCAUGUUGAAGCCGUCUUUGGCGGGUGCUUGAGGACAAAGGCAGGGGUGUCAGUGUCUUUGUCUGUAUGCGUUUUAAUAUCACUAUAGUUUUGUGUUUCGCUCCCAGCCCGUGCCUGAGGAACUGCAGAAUGGAGAGGGCUUUGGUUACAUCAUCGCCUUCCGGCCGCUGGGUGCUGUCACUUGGACGCGAGCGGUCAUCUCCACGCCUGGGGUGGCCCGAUAUGUCUUCCGCAACGACACCAUCCCGGCCUUCUCGCCGUUCGAUGUGAAGGUUGGGGCAUACAACAACCGCGGGGAGGGGCCCUUCAGUUCCAUAGCCACAGUGUUCUCCGCAGAGGAAGGUAAAGGCGAUGGCAGCCAGGGGAAUCACGCUCAAACAGCCCUUCAUCUUUUUUAUUCUGGUGGCACGACCUUGAAUAGUAAUCAUGAAAUAAGUUGGUUCAGACACUUUUCCCCCUCUCAAGCUGGGAGUUUCAACUUGAUAUUAGUUUCCUUCUAUGGUAAACACACACUAUAUCAAAUAAAAUGUAUUUGUCACAUGCACAGGAUACAGAAGGUGUAAACAGUACAGUGAAAUGGUUACUUGCAUAGUAGCAAUAUCAAAAACAGAAAGUAUAAUUAUUAAAUGACGCUUACCCAGAUACACUUGUAUAAAUUGAUGGGUCAUGUGAAAUAAAUGCUAUAACCACCCCCCAGCCACAUCUAGCUAAGUGGAUGGGUUGCUAUUGUCUAGACAUGUACAAAUGUUCAUGAAAUACAAUAGAUCAACCCCAGAUACACCUGGCUAACUUGAUUAGUCAUGUAAUCAUCAGGUGUAGUGGAGUCUUUUAUUUAGACAUGUAGCUAGAUAGCUAGCUAGCUAAACAAUGAACCUGCAUAAUCCCAAUUUAUACUACUAGCAAUACAAACAUUGUCAUAGCUGUAGUAUGAAUCUGCAGGUAGCUAAAGCUGUCAUCAAGGCAAAGAAGAAUCUCAAUCUUUUUUAUUCUGGAGGCACGACCUUGAAUAGUAAUCAUGAAAUAAGUUGGUUCAGACACUUUUCCCCCUCUCAAGCUGGGAGUUUCAACUUGAUAUUAGUUAUUGUUAUUGCAGAGGUAGAUUACAGGAAAUCCUAGCUGACACUUACUACACUGGGCUGUCAGUGAGGGACUGUGUUAAUUGAAUUUGCCGUGAAGAUAGUCUUCCCUUAUGUCAGUCACAGAUCCCAUUAAAAACCAAGCCCAAGCAAUAUAGCUCUCUCCAGUGAAACUACAGGUCUAUUCUCUGCCUGCUUCUGCUUCCUAUUAGUGUGUUUGAUGGUGUUGCGUGAGAGGUUCUCACCUGCUCUCUAUCUCUACAGUCCCAAGUGAGGCUCCUAAGAGGGUUUGGGGCAGGAGUGUGUCUGCAGCUCAAAUUGAAGUGAUCUGGGAAGCCCUCCCCGCCACCCCUGAA